AAGGACAUUGAGAGGAGUCUACAGAAGUUUGAAGACCCUUCUAGACCCACCAUGGCCUGUGGGUGUGCCUAAGUGGUGUUCUGAAGGUUGGAUGUGUCUUCCGCUAAGGGGAAACUCUGCCGAAAUUUCGUGGACGCCGACACUUGUGAAAAAUAUUGAGGGAGCUGUGUGUGGACAGCAAAGGGGAGCUGAAAUUCGUCAUUUUUCAAGGAGAAGAUGAAUGAGAGAGGAGGAGAUGCUAAUGGAAGAGGAGCUGUAGCUGAGAAGACAACAAGAUCAAUGGACACCUGAGUGGCUAAGGCAGCAGAUUCUGCAGGAGGACUUCCGUAGACGCCAUGUGGGAGGCGGUGCUGCCACGAAGACUGCUGAGGGGUAUGGAGCUGCAGGGCACGACAAAGGAAGAGGGGGUUGGAGAGGCCGAGGCCGUGGGAGGAGCUUUGGCAGAGGUAGAGGCCGAGAAGAGCAAGGCCGAAGUGACCUUUGGACCAACCAGCUGCCGUGCUAAGUUUGGGAAGAAGGUGCUGUGGAGUCUGGAAGAGGAGACCAGCUGCAUCAAGGACCUGUGGCAGCUGCCCAUCAUCCCAUGGAAUGGGAAGACUCCAACAGCAGCAACGGCAGCAGCGACAAAGGCAACAGCAGGAGGAGAUGCAACUGCACCAACUGAUGGAGUCCUGGAAGCAGUCAAGAAAGUGCAGCAGCAGCAGACACAUGAUGAGGUGCAGCAGCCUUCAAGACAGGUGGAGGUUGUAGUGUCAGAGGAGGAGAUGUCUGGGGUGACUGAGGAAGGGGGAGCAGCUGAAGUAGAGCAGCAGCAGCAGCAGCAGCAUGAGUCUCCACCUCGAGUUCCACACCCGCCUGAGCGUUCUAGGAGGGAUGUGCGCCCUCCAGUGAGGCUGACCUAUGGGGGAAGAGGCAAGCCGAAUGUGGUGCAGGCUGGGAGUGUGGUUGAGCAGAUUGAGGAAGAUGAGAUCGCUCACUGCUACUGGGCACCAAUCCCUGAGCCCAAGACUCGAGAGGAGGCUUUGAAUGGACCAAAUGGGGAGAAGUGGAAGGCGAGUGAGGAUGAGGAGUUUGGGUCCCUAAUUGAGAACGAGACAUGGGACCUGUGUGACUUGCCUCCUGGAAAGAAGGCAAUCACUUCCAAGAUGAUCUACAGGCACAAGCCUAAGUGGCAUUGGGUGAGGAGACUCCUCGAUAAGGAGGUGCGGCUGGAGAUAGUGAAGACCCAUCAGCAGGCAGCAGAUAUUUUCACCAAGCGUCUGGCGGAGGCGGAUCAUUGGAAGGGCAUGAAGCUUGCUGGGAUGAGUGUGCAUUGAGUAUUCAUGCUUGAGAUGUUGGUAUGGUGGUUGAUGGUUGGCAGCCAGAGGGGGAGAUUGUUGUGUGAUGUCAUCAUAUGCUAUCACAUUCUGUCUGCCUCUCAUCUCUUGUUUCAAUUCGUAUGUAUGGUUUGA